CUCUCUCUCUCUCUCCACCAUUGCUAGAGCUCGACACGGGAGGGCACAGCACGAGCAAACAACAGAGGAGGAACUCAAUUUCUCCCCGCCCCGUCGCCUCCGCCUCGCCCAAUCGGAGCUUCGCCCGCUUCCGCCAUUCCCAGGGGUCGGUCCGAUCCGACCGAUCCCUUCGCACGCCGCGCGCCCGGCCCUCGGGGAUUUCAGGUAAGGUGCUUUAACAGAAGAUGCAAGGGGGAAGAGGUGGGAGACAUGGUUUAUUCGGUUCCGGGGACCCUUUUGCUGGUUUUGGCGGCUUUGGACAACCAGGGAGCCUUGUUUCCGGUUUCUUUGGUGGCGCAACUCCCUUUGACGACCCUUUCUUCACUAACCCCUUUGCAAGCAUCAUGCAACCUAACUUCCCAAGUCCUUUCAGCAGUAUGAUGCAACCUAGCUUCAUGAACCCCUUUGGUAGCUUGAUGCAACCUAGCUUGCUUGGACCGAGUAUGCUUGGGCCCCAUAGCAAUCUCAAUGGAGUGAUGUUUGGAAGCCAGACAGAUCUCAAUCAAGGCAUGAGCAAUGCCAGUGGUUUUAUUCAGCAGGCCCCUGAACCAAGCAGGCCUAAAGGGCCAAUUAUCAAGGAGCUGUCUUCAGAUGACGAGGAUGAUGCACGCGAUGAUAAAGAAGAUGAGAAGAAGAAGGUUAACUUCAGGAAGCAUCCACGGGAAAGCAAAGAGCCAUAUGUGGAGGACCCAGAUGGAGAAGUAGAAGAUAAUAAAAGACCUAAGCAUGGACAAUUUGGGAGGGAUUUCAGCAGAGCUAGCACAUCACAUCCGCAGCCUCAGACAUUUAUGUUUCAGAGCUCGACUGUUUCAUAUGGUGGUCCAAAUGGAGCCUGUUAUACAUCUUCAACAACUAGGAGGACUGGUGCAAAUGGAAUUACAUUGGAAGAAAGUAAGGAGGCUGACACAACUACUCGUAAAGCUACUCACAGGAUUUCACGUGGCAUUGGCAGUAAGGGUCGCUCUUUAACAAGAAACCUGAAUUCUGAUGGGCAUGUUAACAACUUACAAACCUUACACAACUUGAAUGAAGAUGAGCUUACUGCAUUUGAGGAAUCAUGGCGAAAUGCCAGGGAUAAUUUACCUGGCUGGGAUCCCGGAAUGAACAUGCUUGGCAACAGUACAGCGCCUCUCCCUCCCUCCCUCCCUGGAAAUGUUCACCCUGACUUCCAAGAUGCGAAUCAAAUGCUUGCACUUCCUGCGCAUGAUCAAUCCCGUGGCACCAAUUCCUCAAGGAACUCCCAGGUUGGCUCUUCCACGGGCCGUGGACGCCGCACAUAAGUUCCUCUGUAGUAUAUGCAGAUCACAGUGCCAGAUAAGGGUGAAUUCCACUGUUUUGCAGAAAAAGUGUUGUAACUUGAGUUCUUGUAGGAAGACUACUGGAACUUGUGAGGGUCCUAUAGUCAAGAGCUUCACGCCAGAUGACUGCUUUAGAUAACUGAAAAUUUUCUUUGUUCAACACUUCUGUCCCAGUGCUCAGUCACGGUACUUUAGAAAUUUAGAAUCUAGUGCCUGCUGCCUGAGAUACAAUUAGAAUGUGUGGAUGUAGCGGAUUUCUUCGGAAACUUUACUGAAUUUGGUGCAAUCUGAUGAAAAGGAAUGUCCCUUAUAGUCUUA